AUAUAUUUGUAUUAAAAGUUAAACUACACGAAGGCUCUGAGCUCGACUCCAAUGGCUCUGUUCCGCCUUUGUAAAGCUACACGCAGGCUCCGAGCCUCCACCCUCUCUCUUCAAUUGACCCGACCCGUAUUAUCUCCCCCAAUUCCAAACCCUAAAACCCCAUCUCACUCUUCUUCACAAUCAUUCACUACCAAUCUCUUCAAUGCACUCCCCACACACACUUGUUGCCUCCCUAAUUGCAUAUAUAUACAAGAAAAUCACAACUUCAGGGCUUUUAAUUCGACCCAAUUGGUGAAGAAUGCUGGCAUAUCAACAUUGGGUUAUGAGAAAAAAGACGAGAAUGAGAAAAAGGAGGAGAGUAAAAUAAAGGGGUGUUCUUGGAUUGAUUUGUAUUUGCCGAAAAAUUUGGCGGGUUAUGCUCAUUUAGCUAGGUUGGAUAAGCCUAUUGGGACUUGGUUACUUGCUUGGCCAUGUAUGUGGUCCAUAAAUUUGGCAGCAUCGCCUGGGAGCUUUCCUGAUUUUAAAAUGAUGGCCCUAUUUGGUUGUGGGGCUUUUCUGCUAAGAGGUGCAGGAUGCACAAUAAAUGAUCUCCUUGACCGUGAUAUUGAUACAAAGGUAGAACGCACAAGGUUGAGACCAAUUGCAAGUGGUGCUUUGACAAGGUUUCAAGGGCUUUGUUUUCUUGGAAUCCAACUGUUUUUGGGUCUUGGCAUCCUCCUUCAAUUGAAUUCUUAUAGUCAAAUGUUAGGAGCUUCAUCCUUGCUUCUGGUCUUUACUUAUCCUCUCAUGAAGCGGUUUACAUUUUGGCCUCAAGCCUAUCUUGGUUUAACUUUUAAUUGGGGUGCUUUGUUGGGAUGGGCUGCUAUUAGAGGAAGUCUUGAUCCUACCAUAGUGUUCCCACUUUACCUUUCUGGAGUGUGUUGGACACUUGUCUAUGAUACCAUAUAUGCGCAUCAGGAUAAAGAAGACGAUAUGAAAGUAGGUGUUAAAUCCACUGCUCUCCGGUUUGGGGAUACCACGAAAGAAUGGAUUAGCGGGUUUGGAACAGCUUGCAUUGGUGGCCUGACUCUUAGUGGAUUUAAUGCUAAUAUUGGAUGGCCAUACUUCAUAUUUCUAACGGCUGCCUCCGGCCAAUUAGCAUGGCAGAUUUGGACGGUUGACCUAUCAUCCCGAGCUGACUGUAAUCGAAAGUUUGUAUCCAAUAAGUGGUUUGGCGCAAUGAUAUUCAGCGGAAUAUUAUUUGGACGACUGAUGCCAUAAAUUAUAAGAUAUCGGCCUUUAAAUUAUCGUCAGGCACUUGGCUAUGUGUUAUCUUUUAAUCAGAUUUCAAUUGGUAAUUGGUGUCCAUGCUGCACACAUCCCAAAUCUCCAAGCUGCCAUAUCAUGUUGCAAAACUGAUCUGCAUUUGCUUGUAAGGCCCGAGAGUGGAACAGAACUUUAUGAAAGUGCUUCCAAUGAUCAUAUCAUUAUACUGAAAAUUGAUAGGUUUAAUUACAAAAGCAUAUAUAUAUAUGUGCUAUAGUAAUCUCAGAAACAUUUUUUGUCAACCACUUCAGGCCCCUUAUCUGAGUGGACUAAUAUACUAAUUCUUUAUGAGCUCAUUGAUCUGUUUUCUAGGUGAUUGUAACAUUCAUUGGUUUUUGUUAAGAAUAUAAAUGUAGAGGAAGGUACAAGCUUGAUGAAAUUAUUGUUCACUCGGCA